AUGCCACUGUGUCAGUGGGCGACCACCACCCGAGGCAGCAAUCCUGAUGGGGACGGAGCACAGCCCAUGGUCUCCUGGGGAGGCCUGCGGGUGCUUCUGCACUGGGCCGGCCCAGGUGGCGGGGAUCCCUGGGUCACCUUCAGUGAAGCCACCCUGAUGGCCGAGGAGAUCUGCAUCCACAUCGCACACAAAAUCGGCAUUACCCCAUCUUGCUUCAAUCUCUUUGCUCUCUUCGAUGCCCAGGCCCAAGUGUGGUUACCCCCAAACCAUGUCCUGGAGAUCCCCAGGGAUACCAGCCUCAUUCUGUACUUCCGCAUGAGGUUUUAUUUCCGCAACUGGCAUGGCAUGAAUUCUCAAGAGCCAACUGUGUACCGCUGUGGGGUUCCUGGGGCUGAAGCAUCUUCAGAUCACGCGGACCAAGGGCUACAAUUCCUAGACCCAGCCUCCUUUGAAUAUAUCUUUGAACAGGGCAAGCAUGAGUUUGUGAAUGAUGUGGCCUCACUGUGGGAGCUGUCGAGCGAGGAGGAGAUCCACCACUUUAAGAAUGAGAGCCUGGGCAUGGCUUUUCUGCAUCUCUGCCACCUCGCUCUCCUCCGUGGCAUCCCCCUGGAGGAGGUGGCCAAAAAGAUCAGCUUCAAGGACUGCAUCCCGCGCUCCUUCCGACAGCAGAUCCGGCAGCACAACGCGCUCACGCGCCUGCGCCUGCGCCGCAUCUUCCGCAGGUUCCUGCAGGCCUUCCAGCCCAGCUCCGUCUCCCAGCAGCUGGUCAUGGUCAAGUACUUGGCCACGCUCGAGCGCCUGGCGCCCCGCUUUGCCACCGAGCACGUGCGCGUGUGCCACCUGGAGCUGCGGACGCAGGCAGAGGGGGAGCCCCACUCCAUCCCCGGCCAGGGGCAGGCUUCUCUGGACCAGGGACCCCAGGGGGCUGCCGGCUCCGCCACCUACGAGGUGCUGGUGACGGGCACCCGGGGCAUUCAGUGGCGGCCGGUGCAGGCAGAGGCUUCCUGUGACAGCGCGGGGAGCAGCAGGCGGCGUCAAGCCCUACCAUUUGGGAGGAAAGCCCAGGUCCAAGAGGUGGACGCUCAGCCAGCAAGCAGGCCGAAGGGGCUCCCCUGGUCCUCCUUCUGUGACUUCCAGGACAUCAGCCACCUGGUGGUGAAGGAUCACCGUAUCAGCGUCCACCGGCAGGACAACAAGUGCCUGGAGCUGACGCUGCCCUCCCGGGCCACCACCUUGUCCUUGGUGUCACUGCUGGAUGGUUACUUCCGCCUGACGGUCGACUCGAACCACUACCUGUGCCGCGAGGUGGCUCCUCCACGGCUGGUGAUGAGCAUCCAGGAUGGGAUCCACGGACCCCUGCUGGACCCAUUUGUGCUGGCCAAGCUCCGGCCCGAGGACGGUCACUACCUUGUCCACUGGAGCACCAACCACCUGAACCGCCUCCUCCUCACAGUGGCCCAGCGUGACCAGGUGGGCCCGGGUGGGCCAUGGGCAGGCGGGGUGGGGGGGUUGCGCCUGCGGAAGUUCACCAUUGAGCAGCAGGCCGGCACCUUCACGUUGGAUGGGUGGGACCGGUCCUUCCCCAGCGUGGGGGCGCUGCGGACGGCCCUGCAGGGCUGCUCGCUGCGUGUAGGGGACCACAGCUUCUCCCUGAGACACUGCUGCCUGCCCCGACCAGGAGAGCUCUCCAACCUCAUCAUCCUGCGGGGGCCGCGGGCCGGCUCCAGGCCGCUCAAGCUCAGUCAGCUCAGCUUCCAUCGCAUCCGCCGGGAGGACAUCACCCAGCUGUCCCACUUGGGCCAGGGCACCAGGACCAACGUGUAUGAGGGCUUCCUGCGUGUAGGGGGCGAGGGCCCUGAGGAGGACAAGGAGGAUGAUGGGGACCCCCCUGAGCCCAGUGGGGGCCGUGGGCAGGAGCUUCGAGUGGUGCUCAAGGUGCUGGACCCCAGUCACCAUAACAUUGCUCUGGCCUUCUAUGAGACAGCCAGCCUCAUGAGCCAGGUCUCCCACGUGCACCUGGCCUUCGUGCACGGGGUGUGCGUGCACGGCUCUGAGAACAUGCUAGUGACAGAGUUUGUGGAGCACGGACCCUUGGACACGUGGCUGCGGCGGGAGCGGGGCCGUGUGCCUGUGACCUGGAAGGUGGCGGUGGCCCAGCAGCUGGCCAGCGCCCUCAGCUACCUGGAGGACAAGAACCUGGUUCACGGCAAUGUGUGUGGCCGGAACAUCCUGCUGGCUCGGCCAGGCCUGGCAGAGGGCACCAGCCCUUUCAUCAAACUGAGUGACCCCGGCGUGGGCCUGGGAGCCCUCUCCAGGGAGGAGUGGGUGGAGCGCAUCCCCUGGACAGCUCCCGAGUGCCUCUCCGGCGGGGCCAGCAGCCUGAGCACCGCAGCCGACAAGUGGGGCUUUGGAGCUACGCUCCUGGAGAUCUGCUUUGACGGUGAGGCCCCCCUGCAGGGCCGCAGCCCCUCCGAGAAAGAGCGUUUCUACCAGAAGCAGCAUCAGCUGCCCGAGCCCUCCUGCCUGGAGCUGGCCACCCUCACUGGCCAGUGUCUGACGUACGAGCCAGCCCAGCGGCCGUCCUUCCGCACGAUCCUGCGGGACCUCACUCAGCUGCAGCCUCAGAACCUCCAGGACUUGUUGGCUGUGAAUCAGGACUUACCAGCAUCAGACCCUACGGUCUUCCACAAGCGCUAUCUGAAAAAGAUCCGGGACCUGGGCGAGGGUCACUUCGGCAAGGUCAGCCUGUACUGCUACGACCCGACCAACGACGGCACUGGGGAGAUGGUGGCCGUGAAGGCCCUCAAAGCAGGCUGCGGCCCCCAGCUCCGCUCGGGCUGGCGGCGCGAGAUCGACAUCCUGCGCACGCUCUACCACGAGCACAUUGUCAAGUACAAGGGCUGCUGCGAGGACCCAGGCGAGAAAUCAGUGCAGCUGGUCAUGGAGUACGUGCCCCUGGGUAGCCUCCGCGACUACCUGCCCCGGCACAACGUGGGACUGGCCCAGCUGCUGCUCUUCGCCCAGCAAAUCUGCGAGGGCAUGGCCUACCUGCACUCGCAGCACUACAUCCACCGGGACUUGGCUGCGCGCAACGUGCUGCUGGACAACGACAGGCUGGUCAAGAUCGGGGAUUUUGGCCUGGCCAAGGCGGUGCCCGAAGGCCAUGAGUACUACCGCGUGCGCGAGGAUGGGGACAGCCCGGUGUUCUGGUAUGCCCCCGAGUGCCUGAAGGAAUGCAAGUUCUACUAUGCAUCAGACGUCUGGUCCUUCGGGGUCACGCUGUAUGAAAUGCUGACCCGCUGUGACUCCAGCCAGAGCCCCCCCACGAAAUUCAUGGAGCUCCUAGGCUUCACUCAGGGCCAGAUGACAGUACUGAGGCUCCCUGAGCUGCUGGACCGAGGGGAGAGGCUGCCUCGGCCGGAGGCAUGUCCGUGUGAGAUCUAUAACCUCAUGAGGAACUGCUGGGAAGCAGAGGCCUCCUUCCGCCCCACCUUCCAGAACCUCAUCCCCAUCCUGAAGACCGCCCACGAGAAGUACCGGGGCCAGGCCCCCUCCGUGUUCAGCGUGUGCUGA